AAAACAAUCAGGCUUUUAAUUGCCCGGAUCUGUUUUGAUUCGCUUCUUUUUUUGCUUUCUAUAGUGAUUUUUUGUUUGUUUGCUGAGAAAACUGAAGGAAAAUGAAGGAUAAAGUAAAACAGAAGGAAAUGAGAGGCUAAUCGGUUUUCGAAAUUUAAGAUUUUGAAUUUCCGUAGAGGAAAAACAGUUUUUAUUUUCCUCGAGAGCUGCAGAUUUUGGAUGGGAGGAUUUGAUUGUGGUUUGAAAAGGAUGGCACUAGUUUCAGGAGGAAGAUCAACACUGAACCCAGAUGCACCUCUUUUUGUUCCUGCUGCUUACAGACAAGUGGAGGAUUUCUCUCCUGAAUGGUGGCAAUUGGUUACAACGACAACCUGGUUCAGGGAUUACUGGCUAAGUCAGCAUCAAGAUGAGAAUGGAUUUUAUGACAAUGCUGAAAAUGAUUUCGGAUUUGAUGGGAACGAUGUAGCUGAUUUGUUACCGGAUACAUUUGAUCUUGAUGCUGGUGAUUAUUUUACUAGUUUGGAAGCUCAAUUUGCAGAUUUCAUCGAAGAAAGCUUUUCUCCUUUACCUUCCGAUGGGAUACUUGAAAAUGGUUUUAUGUUGGAAGUGGAGGCACCAAAGAAGGACACAGGUCUGAAACCCAGCGCUUGAUUCAUCAAUCCAGAUAGGCCAUGACUUCGAGUUGGAGUUAUCCCCAAUCAGAAUAGAUUAAUGUAGCUACUACCUUUUUUAAUUCUGUAUAGAGCAAGGUUGGAGCUCUUGUAUUACUCCUUGUUCAUUCUCGUUGUCUUUCUCUUAGUUUAAUCCAAGAAACUGCUCAGAAAUGUAAAAAAAGAAAAUGUAAAAUUUAGUCAGAAAUGCAAAAAAGAAAAGGUGUUUCUUUUUGCUUCA